GCCGCUGCCGCCGCCGCCGCCGCUGCUGCCCUCGCUGGGCGCCGGCCUGGGCACCGUGGACGAGGGCGACUCCCUGGACGGACCCGAGUACGAGGAGGAAGAGGUGGCCAUCCCGCUGACCGCCCCUCCGACCAACCAGUGGUAUCAUGGAAAACUUGAUAGAACUAUAGCAGAAGAACGCCUUCGGCAAGCAGGAAAGUCUGGCAGCUACCUUAUAAGAGAGAGUGACCGGAGGCCAGGAUCCUUCGUACUUUCGUUUCUUAGCCAGACAAGUGUUGUCAGCCACUUUAGGAUUAUUGCUAUGUGUGGAGAUUACUACAUUGGUGGAAGACGUUUCUCUUCACUGUCAGAUCUGAUAGGUUAUUACAGUCAUGUUUCUUGUUUGCUUAAAGGAGAAAAACUACUUUAUCCCGUUGCACCACCAGAGCCAGUAGAAGAUAGAAGACGUGUACGAGCUAUUUUACCUUAUACAAAAGUACCAGACACUGAUGAAAUAAGUUUCCUAAAAGGAGAUAUGUUCAUUGUUCAUAAUGAAUUAGAAGAUGGAUGGAUGUGGGUUACAAAUCUAAGGACAGAUGAACAAGGCCUUAUUGUUGAAGACCUCGUAGAAGAGGUGGGCCGGGAAGAAGAUCCACAUGAAGGCAAAAUAUGGUUCCAUGGGAAGAUUUCCAAACAAGAAGCUUAUACUUUACUAAUGACAGUUGGGCAAGUCUGCAGUUUUCUUGUGAGGCCCUCAGAUAAUACGCCUGGUGACUAUUCACUUUAUUUUCGGACCAAUGAAAAUAUUCAGCGAUUUAAAAUAUGUCCAACACCAAACAAUCAGUUUAUGAUGGGAGGCCGAUAUUAUAACAGUAUUGGGGACAUCAUAGAUCACUAUCGAAAAGAACAGAUUGUUGAAGGGUAUUAUCUUAAGGAACCUGUACCAAUGCAGGAUCAAGAACAAGUCCUCAAUGAUACAGUGGAUGGCAAGGAAAUCUACAAUACAAUUCGUCGUAAAACAAAGGAUGCCUUUUAUAAAAAUAUUGUUAAGAAAGGCUAUCUUCUAAAGAAGGGCAAAGGAAAACGGUGGAAGAAUUUGUAUUUUAUCUUAGAGGGCAGUGAUGCCCAACUUAUUUAUUUUGAAAGUGAAAAACGGGCUACAAAACCAAAAGGAUUAAUAGAUCUCAGUGUAUGUUCUGUCUAUGUUGUUCACGAUAGUCUUUUUGGAAGGCCAAACUGUUUUCAGAUAGUCGUGCAGCACUUCAGUGAAGAGCACUACAUCUUCUACUUCGCAGGAGAGACUCCGGAGCAAGCGGAGGAUUGGAUGAAAGGUCUGCAGGCGUUUUGCAGUUUACGGAAAAGUAGUCCAGGGACAUCUAAUAAACGCCUUCGCCAGGUCAGCAGCCUUGUUUUACAUAUUGAAGAAGCUCACAAACUCCCAGUGAAACAUUUUACGAAUCCAUACUGUAAUAUCUACUUGAAUAGCGUCCAAGUAGCAAAAACUCAUGCAAGGGAAGGGCAAAAUCCAGUAUGGUCAGAAGAGUUUGUCUUUGAUGAUCUUCCUCCUGACAUCAAUAGAUUUGAAAUCACUCUUAGUAAUAAAACAAAGAAAAGCAAAGAUCCCGAUAUCUUAUUUAUGCGUUGCCAGUUGAGCCGGUUACAGAAAGGUCAUGCCACAGAUGAAUGGUUUCUCCUCAGCUCCCACAUACCACUAAAAGGUAUUGAGCCAGGAUCCCUGCGCGUUCGAGCACGAUACUCCAUGGAAAAAAUCAUGCCAGAAGAAGAGUACAGUGAAUUUAAAGAGCUCAUCCUGCAGAAGGAGCUUCACGUCGUCUAUGCUUUAUCACACGUGUGUGGGCAAGACCGAACACUACUGGCGAGCAUCCUCCUGAGGAUUUUUCUUCAUGAAAAGCUUGAAUCAUUGUUGCUGUGUACACUAAAUGACAGAGAAAUAAGCGUGGAAGAUGAAGCCACCACCCUGUUUCGAGCCACAACACUUGCGAGCACCCUGAUGGAGCAGUACAUGAAAGCCACCGCUACCCAGUUUGUCCACCACGCCCUGAAGGACUCCAUUUUAAAGAUAAUGGAAAGCAAGCAGUCUUGUGAGUUAAGUCCAUCAAAGUUAGAAAAAAAUGAAGAUGUGAACACUAAUUUAGCACACCUAUUGAACAUACUAUCAGAGCUUGUGGAAAAAAUAUUCAUGGCUUCUGAAAUACUGCCACCGACACUGAGGUAUAUUUAUGGGUGUUUACAGAAAUCCGUUGAACAUAAGUGGCCUACCAAUAAAACCAUGAGAACAAGAGUUGUUAGUGGCUUUGUUUUUCUUCGGCUUAUCUGUCCUGCCAUCCUGAAUCCACGGAUGUUUAAUAUCAUCUCAGAUUCCCCAUCUCCUAUUGCUGCAAGGACACUGAUACUAGUGGCUAAGUCUGUGCAGAAUUUAGCAAAUCUUGUGGAAUUUGGAGCUAAGGAGCCUUAUAUGGAAGGUGUGAAUCCAUUCAUCAAAAGCAACAAACAUCGUAUGAUCAUGUUUUUAGAUGAACUUGGGAAUGUACCUGAACUUCCGGACACUACAGAACAUUCUAGAACUGACCUGUCCCGUGAUUUAGCAGCACUGCAUGAAAUCUGUGUGGCCCAUUCAGAUGAAUUGAGAACACUCAGUAAUGAGCGUGGUGCACAGCAGCAUGUAUUGAAAAAACUUCUGGCUAUAACAGAACUGCUUCAACAAAAACAAAACCAGUAUACAAAAACCAAUGAUGUCAGGUAGCAGCCCUCGAGGGGCUCUGCCUGAAUUCGGCAUGCCCAACAUGGUAAUUGACAUCAGUAUAUCUUCUCUGCUCUUGCCAAAAAAUAGCACACCUUUCCACAUUCCAGUGAUGUGUGAGCUAUGCAAAGAAAACCGAAGAUCCUGUUGGCAGAUCACUGCCAGCACCUCUGUAAGCUGUCAGUGCAAGAUGUUUGCACUUCUCCAUGUGGAACCUUCACCGAACACUGAGCCUUGGUGUACAGAUCACCUUUCAUAAAAAAUGCUAGGACUGCGUCUUCAACUCUGGAAGUAUAUUUUCAAUACAUCCAAUUGCCAAAGUUUUGCUAUCUCUUGGAAAUGGAACUAUAAAACCAACUGACAAGAAAAAAGCAUUCUCUAUGGACAACCAAGGAUAACUGGACUGUAGACUGUUCUUACUGUAACACUUUCCUGACUAGGGACAUGACCAUUUGACUGUUCAAUGACUGUAUUUACAGUUUCCAGGGUUUGUCAUUAUAAUAGGAACAAUCUUUGUUAUAUACUUUUUUAAAAUACUGUGCUAUUUCUCAUUCUGGAACUGUUGAAAGAAAAUAUAUAGAAUGGAUCUAUUGCUCAUCAGCUUUAUUUUUUAAACAUACCACUUAUUUUGUUGGAAUUGUCAAAGAUUGUAUUUAGAUCUCAAUGCUUUUGUUAAAUGUUUACAACAGUAAAUAGUUUCAAUUCAGUAAAUAUUAUUGGUCAUUGUACUGAUCAGUGCAUGUUACCCUUUCCAUCAUUUUAUAGGUUCCCAAUUUCCUUGUGGAAAAAAAACUAGAAUGCUUUUUAAUUCAAAGUUGAUUUUUGUUACCCUUUUGAUUAUGCAGACCACCUCAUCAGCCACUUAAUACAACUUUUCCGUCUUUGAACUUCUGACUACUCAUAUCUGCUGGGCUGGAUAUUUAGUCGGACUGUAUAGUUUUAUUUUGCUUCUGUAUGUGUAUUUUUGUGAAGUAUUCACAAGGGUUAAGUUAAAAUAAAACCAAGGGACAUCUUAUAUAAGUGAUUACUUCUGUCUAAAUAUUGCCAAGCAUUUAAUUUCAUGAUUUUCUUCCUUUUUAGGGGCAGUUCAAACUAGCACCAAAGCAAGACCCAGGGAGAUGAACCUUCAGAUCAUUACUUUCGCUAAUGGUCUCUCAUUCAAUAUGUAUUUGUUUCACAUUUAUUUUCUUCUUCCCUAUACGUGUGCAGGGGAGGCAAGACCGGGAAAGUAUGUCAUGAAAUAUUAGUAAUAAAAGUAGGUGAGACAGGAACUAAGUGAAGGUAUGAGGAUAAGCAAUUCCUACAGUUAAAGAAAAAUUUUCUAAAGGCCUACAGUUUAAGAGCAAGACUUGAUUCUCUAACAUUUAAAACAUGGGGAAAAAACUGGGGGCAGAAUAGCUCUACCACUGAACUCUAUAUACUCCCAGGGCCUAGUGGUUUAAAAUGUAGCUGUGUGCGCUUAGUUUUAAGUUAUAAAAGGUAAUUAUUUGUGUGAAGGCAGCCAGCCUCACUUAGCUUCAAUCACACUUCCGCAGUGUUACCUACCCUUCAGCAAACCCAACAUACCCUGCAAGCCUCUUCCUUGAUCUUAAUGCCACUUCACUUUCUCCCUCCUUUCUAAAUCGUGUCACUUUGCUUCUCUAUUCCUCAAUGCUUUUUGGUUAGACAACCAUAGUAGUCUCCAGUCUGUCUUCAUUUACAGAAGACAGAUGGAAGGGAUAGGACCUAGUGAUAUUUCCUAAUUUCUUCCUAACAGGAAGAAAGGUCCAAACUAAUACUAACCUACCUGCCAUUCGUUAUAAAACACAAACCUGAAAAACUUACCCUGCUUUUUGUAUUUUAACGCUUAUCUCUUAAAUUGGAGUGGGAACCUGGCUACUUACCUUUUGUAGACCUCUCCCUGAAGUAUUGGAUGGACAGUGUUGAAAUACAAUCUCUGAAACCAUUUUUUUAAUGACGCUGGUUAGGAAAGUGUCAGAGAUAAAUGUGGACCUUGCCCUGAUGCCAAAAUUGAGUGGUCUGAAAGGGAAACAGGAGGUAAACUGGAAGCGUUUUACAACUGUCUCCAGCCUAGCGUAAUGCUAGGACUACACUGAAGGAACAAACUUUGGUUUCUACUCUACUUUUGUAAAGUUCCACUAUCAGUUUUAUUUCAGAAUAACAAAACCAAAAAACUCAAGCCUAAAACAUAAAUAAUACAUUGUUACCAUACGUGAAAAUUCUCACGACUCCAGUGGGAAGUACGGGCUUGCAUGCAGUGAGUCUGAGGUGUGUAUUUGCACAAUUUAGUUAUUUCAGGGGCAGCUGAGUUCUCACAAUUUCAAGUCAGUUUUCCAGAAAAAAUGUGACCUGAAAGAACACACAUCCAUGGUUUGCUUCCAGCCAUAGCAGCUGAUAUUUGUUUUGCUAUUCAAAUGUUAAUGUAUAAACUGAACACACUGCUCUGAUCCACCUACGAAGGGUAGGUGUCAUCACUGUCACUUCAUGUGAAUGUGGGAAACUGGCACACAGGUUUUCUAACUUACCAAGGUCACAGAGCAAAGUAGAAGCAGCUCACAUUCAUAGCUAAGUAACUUGGUGCCGUAUUCUUUGUUUUUCUAUUUUUAUAUCAAUUCAUUUCAACUUAAAUUCCUUGUAUAUACUUCAUUGGUAAAACUCCUAGUAACUGCAACACUAUUUAUAUGAAUUCACUUACAAGUAAUAAUAGGUUAAUUUUAAAACAAUAUAUAAUUAGAUUAUAUCAAUUUAAGAUUUUUAUCUAGAAAACUCACGAUUAUACAUCUAAAUUUUUUCAAUUUGGAAAUUCUUUCUAGUAACUAAUUGAGAG